CAAGGUAUCAGUUCAGAAAGAGACAUUGUGAUACAAUGAAUUUCUUCAACUUUUCCGUUACAUUUGUUGCAUUGGCCCUGGUGGUUGUAACUGCGCAACAACAACAUGAUCCAAAUUACUGUUACGCAACUGAUCCGAUCAGACCACAGUUGACCAGAUUUUCUAGUCGUUCUGCCUACGAAACAAUCAGAGGGCGAGUAAUCAAUCCAGGAGUGUCAGCUUGUACGCCAGCAAAAUUCUGGUUUUACUCCAGACAUGCUGCUCGGUUACCUGGCGUAAAUGACAUCGGCCGUAUGUCUACUAUUCAGCCGCAAGUGAAUAAUAUAAUUGCUGCUCGGGCUGCUGGUCGAGGUCAAGCAGUGUGCGCACAAGAUUUCAAUUUGAUAAAUAAUUGGCGCUUCGAUCCGAACAUUACCGUAGCAGUUGAACAAUUUUUAACUGUAGCUGGCUGGAAUGAAAUCCUUGGAAUUUCUCGACGUUACCGAGCUGCCUUCCCGACUUUAUUCCCUGCAGUUUACAACAGAAACUGGUACACAUUCCGUCACACUAAUCGCCAACGAACUCAAGCUUCAGCUAGGGCUUUUGCUGAUGGCUUAUUUGGUCAUAAUGGAUACCAACAAGUGGUUGUUGAGCCAAUUCUAGAUCCAGAUCGUCUUUUGCGGCCACAUGACGGCUGUCAUCUAUAUGACGCUGCUAGUGAUAACACUGUUCAAAGAGGUUUAUGGCAAAACGGAGCGGAAUUCCAGUUGAUGUUGAAUCAAGUUAACGACAAAUUGGGACUACAGGGCAACCAACGUUUGACCGCUCGUCAAACACGAACACUUUGGGAAAUUUGCAAUUUCGAGCAGCUAUGGUUUUCAACGGUUACAGCGCCAUUCUGUGGUAUCUUUUCGCCAUUCAAUAAUUUAAUGUUGGAGUACUUCGAAGACCUCGACUAUUAUUACAACUCUGGAUACGGUGGACCGAGGAGACUUUUCGAAAAUCUGAACUGUCCAUUGAUGCAAGAUUUGGUCGGAUUUUUGGAAACGAGCAAUACAUCGGAAAAUGUACGAAUUUACAGUACACAUUCGACGGCUUUCCAACUGUUCUUGAUCACACUCGGUGUCUUUGGCAAUGAUGUCCCACUAACAGCUGCCAAUUUCGCUCAACAAACAAAUCGUCAAUGGAGAAGUACCUUCCUGACACCAAUGGCAACGAAUAUUGCAGCCAUUCGAUACAACUGUCCCAACGGAGAUAAUGAUGUGCUAUUCUUGAUGAACGAACAACCAUUGGUCAUUCCUGGUUGCCAAGCGAAUGGCCUCUGUAAGGUUAACUACAUUCGUCAACGAUACAAUCGCUUCUUAAGUGCAAAUUGCGGAGUUUUAUCUUGUAGUAACAACUGAAGUACUAGAAUUGUUCAAGUGGAAUUCAAAUAGGAUGAGAGUAACUUAAUGUAUGAAUGAUAAUAUGUACAAAGCGAGAAAUAUAUUUUUAUAUAUGACUGGGAAGCUAAAUCUGCAUUUUAAA